AUGUUCGAGGCGCCUCAAAACUCCCCCCACCUCGGCAGCGGCGGCGGAAACCACCUUAUUGGCGGAAGCCGCCUGAGCGUGGAGCAGGCGCUGCUACUCAACAUGUCGCGCACAGAGGCGGAAAUGCGCAAGGUCGUGAUGGAGCGCGACGUGCUCAGAGAGGAGGUUGCGCGGAACCAGGCGGCCAUGCGCCAGCUCUCUGCGGACAAGUCCGCACUCGAGGACCGCGUGCGCGCGCUGGAGAGCACCGUGCGCGGGCUCGAAACCCGCGCGCGCCAGCUCGCGGGGGAUAAGGGGCAGCUCUCCGCCGAGCGCGCGCAACUCUCCGCGGAGCGCGCGGGGAUCGAGUCGCUCGUUCGCGCCGCGAAGCAGGAGGCGUUCUCGCAAGCAGUGAGUCAGAUCCACGUGGCGCUCAGCUGCGCGCCGAUUCCGCGCGGAAUCCGCUUCGCGCCCGUCGACGCGGAAGUCUUUCAGUACCUUUCGCGGAAGGUUCGCGGCGAGGUAGAAGACGUGGGUCUAGACCGGCUCCUAGUCCAGAGAUUAAGACGCGUCGCGGACUGCGACGGGCUAAUCCCCGAAAUUGAGCUCCUUAAGUUCCCCAGGCCAUGGCACCUUCCCGGAUUAGACGUUUCCCCGGACGGCAAGGGCUUGACGGGGUUCUUUUUCGUUAGACCGGAAUGGCGGCCGAACGAGCGGCGCAGGCGGAGAGAAGCGGAUAUGGCGCCGUCCGAUCCGAAGCCGCCCUGCUGGAAAGAAUCCUGCCAGCCCACGCCAUUCGCGGAUCUUGCGCCGAGCCUUGGCGCUUCUGUGGGUGCGGGGGGAGUGUGCGCGGGCGGAGUGGCCGGAGUGGUGGGAGCGGGGAUGGGAGGGACUCUUCUUUUCCGGCCCGAGCGCCGGAUGUUUCGUUUCAAGCUGCCCGGGACGCGGGAGGGGCCGGCGGGGGAGAAGGAGAAGUGGAAGAUGUAUGAAUACACUCUAAAAUCGGAUUUGGAGAUGUAUGAAGACAAGAGGAGCGGGUUUCCCGUGUGGGUGGUGUGUAAGGUCGUAAGAGAGGGGCCUAUGACGAGGGAAGAGGAGGAAGAGGCGAAGGCGCGAGCUGCUGUGGCGGCGGCGGCCGCGGUGGCUGGCGGCGGGUCGAGCGGGAGCGGCGGGGGAAACCAGGGAGGCGGGGAAGGGGGAGCGGGAAGCGGAGGGGGAGGAGCGUAUUCGGGGGGAAGCUCUGGGUCGGGGGGAGCGUUUGGGGGAGGGGGUGGGGGGAGCGGCGGGGAAAGCGGGUAUCGGGGGAAUGGGGGUGGAGGGUAUGGGGGAGGAGGAGGGGGAGGAAACGUGUGGUCGCUGAUGCCUUCUCUCCCCGAGCAUCUGAUUCCGCCGGCGCUGGCGCUUGCGCCAGCAGCAGCGCGCGGAGGCUCUCCCAAGAAUUCUCCUGGAAAAACACCUGAGAAAUCACCUGAGAAUUCGCCUGGAAGAAUCCCCCCUAUGAUGCUCUCCCGCAUGCAGCUGCUGAACCAAUGGCUCGCCUCCAUGCCUCACCCUCCGUCCCAAUCCCUUUCUGCCACAUCAGCAUCAUCCCCCGCAGCAGGGGGAUCAUCAGCGCCAGCACCAGCACUCCCAUCUCUCCUGACUGCCGCGUCAUCCUCUUCCACGUCAGCCAUCCAGGUGACAUCUGCAACAGGACAGGUGUCAUCCACGGUUCAAGUCACUUCGUCCGUGUCUUUAACCGCAGCAGGUUCGGGCACUGCCGAACCUGUUGCCGAGCCUCUGGCGAUGCUCGCCAUGGCUGCUGCCAAACGUCUGCUGGAGGAUCGGCUGGCGCGGGCAGAGGAGGAGGAGGUAGUGGGUGAGGAGGUGGAGGAGGGGGAGGAGGACGAGGAGGAGUGGGAGGAUGGGGAGGAGGGAGAAGAGGGUGAGAAUGAGGAGUUGUGCUUGAAAGCUGGAGGGGAGAGUGAGGUGGGGAUGCUGGCUGCAGAAGUUUCCAAGAAGCUGGGUGAGCUGGUGGAGGCUGCAAGGAAGCUUCGGGGGAAGAUGCAGGGCUUUGCUCCUGUUGAGGCUGCAAUUUCCCGUGUCUUCAAUCUGGUUACGCGGGUUGCUGACGUGGCACUAGCGGACGAGCCUGCCGCCCUACUCUGGCUGCACGCGGUGGGCGGCGCAGUCAGCGAUGAGCUGGCGCCAGGAAUCUUCCUCGCAACUUCGUUGUCCGCCUCUCCGCUGAUGCUUUUAGUUAAGUUCCACGACCUGAGUGUGAUUAUAGAGGGCGGGAUGAAGGCGGUGUGGAAACAGGCAGUAAAGAGGUUGCCGAAGGCGCUUGUAGAGAGGAUGAAUGAGGAGGGGAGGAGGGAAGUGAGGGGCAUGGAGGAGGCACUGGAGGGAGGGGGGGUGGCAGUGGGAGUGAGUGAGGGAGUGAGUGAGGGAGUGCGGAAGGCACAGGAGGGAUUGCUGGCGCUUGUUUUGGCGCUAGGAGGGGGGAGUGAAGGAGGGAAGGGAGGAGAGGAGGGAUCACUGAAGCUGAAGGGAAGUGAUGGCGCUGGAAAGAUCCAGCAUCAGAAAACAGCACCUGAGAUUUCACCUGAGGCUGUGGAGUCUCCUGAGGCACCUCCAGCUGCAGAGGCCGGGCAGAAGAAAGUUUUGUUUUCGAUUGACGGCAGUGAACUGGAUGCGAACACCAAAGCGGCCAAUCAGCUGAAGAGAGAGCUCAUGAGCCUGUGUGAAAAGGGCAGCCGAAAAUCUUUCGAUCUGCCUGGAAGCAUGUCGGGCACUGUCAUCAAAGUUUUCCGGGCAGUUGGGUUCGAGUAUAACCUCCCCGACGUGCAAGGGCAGGUGAAGAAAGAAGCGAGUUUCAAGGGGGAGAAGGCGCUUCAGUGGAGAGGGAAGGAAGGGAAGGAAGAUGGGGAGGUGUAUUUGGAAGGGGAGAUAAGUCAGCUGCAGGCCUUAAAGAAGGGACUUGAGUUGGACUUGCAGCAACUGGAUGUGAAACCCAGUGUGCUCAGCAAGUUCGUGGAAGGUUCCUCGGUGUCGAGUGUGGCGGAUGGCAUGAUUGCUGUGCUGCAGGCAUGCAGCCGUGCACUCGAGGCCGGAGGUGCUGCUGCUGCUGAUGACGCUGUUGGCUCGUCUGGUGCUGGAGGUUCUUCUGGUACUGCUGGUGCUGCUGGUUCUGGCCUGGAUGGAAACAUCAUCACCCCGGCCGUCUGUUCGCCUGAUCCUCCUGCUCCUAGGGAUGGGGACACUGCUGCUUCUGUCAAUGCUGUACCUGUUGCUGCUUCUGUCAAUGCUGUACCUGUUGCUGCCCUGGAAUCCAAUGCAGCGCCUGCACGUCCCACCUGUGUGGUGUUCUCUCGAGACGACAUCCUCUCUGCCCUUCCUGGGGGCCUGGAAGGCUGCUCUGGUCGUGUUGAUGCCUCCAUGCGGUUACCACCCAACCCUGCUGAAGGUGUUCCGCUACAGGAUGUGACUUUAGAGGUGCUGGACCAACACAGCAAGGCCACGCCCAUGCUACAGCUGAUCAAGGAGACUGAAACCCUCUCCUCCCUCUCCCACCCCCACAUUAUCCCCCUCCUCGGCUACUCCCUCGAAUCCCCCUGCCUGGUUUACCCCCGGAUCCCUCACGUCUCUCUUGCCGAUCACCUGCCGUAUGGUAACCGUGUGGCACGGUUACCACCUCUCCCGUGGUUCGUCCGGGUGCGGAUUGCUUAUGAGGUGUCUGCCGCCCUGCUGUUCCUGCACCAGCAGCAGCCGCACCCGGUGCUGCAUCGGGACCUCCGGCCGGCAAACAUCGUCCUGUUCUGUGAGGAGAAGGCCGGGCGGGGGAAGGAUGGAAGCGGCUGCGAUGAAGGGGUGGCGGGAGAGAGGGGGGAUGCUGGUAUGACUCAAAGGGCCCCUUUGUGGUGGCCCAGGUUUCAGAGGGAGAAUGGGGCAAAGGCUGCAGCACCGGGAGAGGUCUCCGGUUCAAAUCUUGCUGGGCGCAGGUUGGUGAGCAAGCUGGCUCGCGUUGGCUUCUCGGCUCUGAGUCAGAACCAGAGGACUGGGAGGGCGAGAGUGGAGGAUGUGGUUUUUCUGGAUCCGGAAUAUCCAAGAACUGAGGAGCUGGUCCCGUCUUCUGACGUGUAUGCACUGGGAGUGGUGCUCAUGCAGUUGCUGACUGGAUGCAAUGCCACGUCAGCGCUGAGCGUGGUGACUGGUGUGGUGGAAGGGAACAAGGAGCUUGAGGAAGUUUUGGAUGAGGGGGCUGGGGGAUGGCCUGCUGAUGUGGCAAAGGAGGUGGCUGAUCUGGCAGCCAAGUGCACGGAUAUGAGGAGGUGCAAAAGACCCAGUUUGGUUGGUGAAGUGGUGCCUGUGCUGACCAAGAUGCAUAAUCUGGCUCUGGAGGUCGAGAACCAAUGA